AUGGGCCCAGGCAGGCCAGCCUCCGCCUGCGCUCAUCUAGCACCUUGCGUCCAGUUACAUGGGAGGAGUGACCCCAGGACACUUCAGGCCCAGAACCAGCUGCAGUUUAAUAGGAGCGUUCCUGCCCAUUCCAGCAACUUGGCAGCCCGCUAUUCUUGCCCGCAUGCAAUCAGAAUUGAGAAGCUGAGGCAGUCGUACAGCGAGUCGUACCACCGUCAGGAUCUGGGUUUGAGGGAUGGUCCCGACGGGAGCGGCUCUGCUUCGUUUUCCAUCAUCUCGGAAGAGAGGCUCAGCUACGCCGUGCACCUGGCCAGGAGAGACAUGAAGCGCAGACAGUUGGAGGAACACGUCAAGCAGUACCGCCUCAGAAGUGAGCCCCAGCUCUGUCAGAGGUGGGGGCCCCAUGAGCAUAAGAUCCCCGAGCACAGGGCGCAAAGGAAGGAACCAAGGAGCCGGGACACGUGUCAUUGCGCCCACCAGCCGUCCACGGUAGGAGCGUCCUGCUCAGGUGCCAAGGUGUGCCUGUACACAGCUUGUCCGGCACCGUCCCGUCCGGCCGCGCCCCACUCGCCGCCCACACGCGCCCCGGGGCCGGAGCCCCCUCCUGGGACCAGCAGCCACCAGAGCCUGCUGGAAGUGCAGCGGCUCCAGAGGGCGUUGAACACUUGUGUCCACAAGAUGGAAGCAGUGUCUGAGAAAGGUAGAGCAGAAGAAGCUUUGGAUCCAGAUGAGGAGCGGCGAGUCCAAGUCCGGAGGCAGGAGCAAUCCGUGCGCUCCGCCCGGAUGCUCUAUGUCCUGCAGCAGCAGGUGAAAGAGAUCCAGGAAGAGUUGGAUAAAUUGAGUCCACAUAAAAUCAGACACACGAAGAAGUCAUGGGUGAUGUCACGGCUGGCGGCUGCCCACCGAGGAGCCAUCCGGGCCUUACAGGUGUUGGUGACACAGCUUAUGGACCGUGGGGAGCACCCAGUUCCUGCGCGCUGUAGGGAGCUGGGCAGCCUUAUCCGCCGGCUGUCACUCUGCUCCGCCAAGCUGGACGCCGACCCUUCCGUCCCCGAUGUGGUCGUGGACAUCCUGCGACAGAUUGAGGCUUUGGAAUCCCUCCUGGAGAAGAAACCGUCACCAAAACAAGUGAAGAAAAGUGUCAUGGAAACUCGGAGCAGGUUUCCUGUUGGUGGCCACAGGGCCUUGGAGAGAUGGCAGAGUCCUUCGCCCAAGAGUGAGAAGAGACCCUUUGUAGCAAAGGAGACAUUUCCAGAGGAAGCAAGAUGGCCUUCGGGGGCAAAAACGCUCCUUGCUGAUAAGUGUCCCCCUGGGGCAGUGCCUGCAGCGACCUGGAGGUUGGAGAAUGGGCUGGAUGCGAUGGGUGCGGAGAUCUUUCCAGAAGAAGCCCUGUCUGUUCCAGACCACAGCACUGGCUUCCCGGCAGAUCCACUGGCCCUGGCGAGAGCUGGAGUGGCAGCAGGGAGGCCCACGGCCAGGAGCACGGUGCUCGGGAAGAAGGAGGCCCAGGUGCCGGUGAGGCUGCCUCAGGGACUCCACAAAGCUGAAAGAAGUAGACCAACCCAGUCCCAGAGCAGAAGCCGAUUGCAGCGCACGACAGUGUCCUCCAGACUGAAAAUGAACCAGCACCCUGUGAGAGACAACAGGGCCCCUUGGGUGCCUCCGAACCCCACGUCCCCACCAGCAUCUCCUAAGUGUGCUGCCUGGCUGAAGGUGAAGCCGAGCCCCAAAGAUGCCACAAAAGAACAGUCGCUCCAGCAGGACGAGGCUCAGGAGGAGAGUCCGUUGAGGGGAGCUGUUGUGCAGGAAGCAGUUAGACUCGCUUGGCUUGAUGCUGAAGCUUGUAAAACCUUGAAGGAGCUGCAAGAACUGAAAGCUGAGGGCUCGGACAAGACGCAGAGGCAGAGUGUCUCAGACACCCAGUUAGCAGACAAGGUAGAGAAGGCGGUCCUGGAGCGUUUGAAGCCUCUCCUGGUCAAGGCCCAGAGAGUCAACUCUUCUCUGGAAGCAGAUCCUCAGCUGAGGGACCGUCCAUCAGCAGACACGGCGACCGCCCAGCCCACGGAGGAGGCUGCAGCUGUGGACCGUGAGCCCCGCAGCCUUCGCCAGCUGGGGGACUGUUUGGAAGACGCCACUCACGGGCCCUGGGCCACGACCCGCCGUAGGGUCCCGGAGUUGGAAGCCUCCGCUCCCGUGGGGGAUGGCAGGGACAGCCCGUAUCUGGAGACUCUGAUGCUGCGGAUGGAGGAGAUGGAGAAAUACCAAGAGACAGUUCGCCAAAGAUACAAUAAAAUUGAAUAUGCUGAUCCUCAUCUUUGGAUGCAGGAAGGGAAGAUGGAGCAAACACUCCCAGCAGUAAGUGAAAGGCCUCUUUCUCCUCAUCCAAUCAGGAUCACAAAGACCCCAGCUCGCAAAGACCCAGACGUGAACAUCGUGUUGGAAAGACCCCGGAAUGGCAAUUCCCUGGAUGAAAGUGUGGGGACUGACGAGGGGUCUGAGAAGAGAGGGGCUCCCGUUGUGCCCCUUCCAGAGGAGAGUCCACAGAAGGAAGGCCGGGCCGCCCUGUGGGUGCCCCCGGGCUUACGGCGGAGCAUCGGUGACUACUGUAGCCGCUUUGAGCAGUACCUCCGCCUGGUGGCACACGAGGCCGUGGGUGCCUUCAACCCAUGGCUGAUGGCCGAGAGCUUCUCCGACGAGCUGGUAGAUGAGGCUCUGGGGGCCGUGGCUGCGGAGCUGGAGGACGCGUGUGAGGACUAUGCAGAAGCCGUGUUCACCUCGGAGUUCCUGGAGGCUGCGACCUGA